CUUGUUGGACCUUGCUUGGGCCCCCGGCGUCUUCUUCUUGUGCCUGUUGGGAGUAUCAUCGUCCCUGGCUUCCCUCAAAAUCUGCGAAAUCUCUACCCUAAUGAAGCAGUUGGUGGUCUUGCUUCUAGAUUUUUCUUAAUCCCAUCUUUCCUGGGUUUUUUGAUACCUCCUCCCAUCUCUGACUUAUCCACCACAAACCGAAAAAACCUUCUCCUGAGGCCCCAACCCGCACCCACCCACGUACAAAAAAUAGACCUACAAAGGUUAACCAACGAAAAAAGACCUACCAAGGUUAACCAGCCAAAAAAAACCUAAACCUAUCGCCCGCACGUACGAGCGACCUCUAUGCCCUCGAGCGAGGUCUCCCUUCGCCGCCGCCCUUCAUCCCUUCGCCGCCGCGCUUCACUCGCCGCCCUCCAUCCAUGAAUCGUACGCACGAACGAGCGAAGCCUGCGUGCCCUCGAGCGAGAGCCACCCUCGCACAUCAAGCCGCCGCCGAUCCAUCCCUUCGCCGCCGCCCUCGCCCAUCAAACCGCCGCCGAUCCAUCCCUUCGCCGCCGCCCUCGCCCAUCAAGCCGCCGUCGAUCCCUGGCUACUUCGAUGGGAGCCAUCGAUCUUCUUCAGGAGACGGCGCCGAUCCCGUUGAGGAGCCGCCGCCGACCACGUCCAGGAUCCGACACCGAUCCCCUUCAGGAGCCGACGCCGAUCCCCUGAGUCCGUGGCGCUGGCCAGGCUCCAGACUAAACCCGGGCAAACGCCGGGCCGGGCCGGGUUUCGGGCCGGGCUUGUAAAAGCCCGACCUUCAUUUCUCAAGCCCGAGCCGAAAUACUCCUUGUUUUCAAGCCCGAGCCCGGCCCGAAAUGAAGCCCGAAGCCCGAAAGCCCGGCACGAACGCUAUUUUUCAGUGUACGCACGUGCAAGCCCGGCCCGAAGCCCGAAAGCCCGGCCCGAAAUACAUGAAAAGUGAAGCCCGAGCCCGGCCCGAACUAUCUUUCGGGCUGCAAAACAAGGCCCGAACCCGGCCCGAAUGUGAAGCCGGCCCGGGUUUUUUGGGCCGGGCUCGGGCCGGGUCGUCGGGCCGGGCUGUCCAUGACCGGGUUUACUCCAGACCGAUGGACACGCCUGCUCGCCGCUCCUCGGGGCCAGCCCCUCCCGCCGCGCCGGAUCACGCAUCGGCUUGGGGACCCCUCAGGGAUGCCGCCCCACACCCAUCUGAUGCCAGCACCCCUCCCGCCAUGCUGCCCUUCUGCUCCGCCGCGCCCACCCCAUGCUCCCCCCUCUGCCCAGUGACCGCCGGCGCGUGGGCGCUGCGGAGGGUCGAGGCCGGCGCGCUCAGGUCCUUCCCCGCCGACCCGCUCGUCACGCAGGCGGUGCCCGACCGCUCGCUCUUCUCCGACUCCGCCAUCUUCUCCCCUACGCCGGCGCGCCCGACGACAUCGUGCCGGGGUUGCCUCGGCCGCCGAGCUGCCCGACCCUCUCUGGCGCGCCGGGGUCGACCCGCCGUUGAUGCCCGUCUCCGCCGUCGACCUGGCCGCGGACGCUGUGGUCGGUGCGGUCACCGACGAUGCCGCGCAGCAGGCCUGAUGGACGCGGAGAUGCCCACCACAUUCCCGGCCGACGCGACCGGCGUCGAGGAGUCCGUGGCCAGGUUCAUCGACAAGCUCAGCAAGCAGAUAUUCCAGGCGGAGGACGCUCUCACCGAAGGCUACGACAAGCUCAGGCUGUCGGCGUACGACGCUCUCGGGGCCUACAGGAAGGCGAUAAGGGGAGUCGCUGGUAGCCUCACGUCCUCGGUGGCAGCCACCAAGAAGCAGGCCGCUGGUGGGGUCCCGGACGUUUCCGGUGGAUUUCAGGAUAAGGUGGCCGGAGCUGGUGCCGUGGCGACUGAUGUUCAAUUGUUGUAGCAGAGGAUUCACUCACUGGGCAGUGCAACCACGUCGUCCCUCGUAUACUACUAUGGCUCGGCCAAGUCGUCGUUGCCACCAAAUGUUAAAGAUUUGCUGAACUCAUCCGAGGAGAAAGCUAACAUAGUAUUGCCACCAAUUGGAAGUGCCCUCCAACAGGUAUACAUUAUCAUAGAAGGCAUGAAAUUUUGGCUGAUUGGCUGCAUGUCGCUUCGGAUUUGGUGCAUGUGUGUGUGCGCGCGCGUGUGAUGUGCCGCUGACCGCUGUUGUGUGUGCUUGUGGCGAUGCUGCCUGUGAGUGUGAUUUUUGCCGCUAUCCUGCGUGAUUCUUGGUGCCUCGAGGAUGAGAGGAAGCCACCCAGAAAAUGGCCAGAAGGAAGCACCAUAUGUGCAGGUGUGCUCAUGUGUGUUAGAAAGUUCUUUGAUUGAAUCCUAAUUCAAACUUCUAACACACGCAAUACUUUUUGAGCAAUUAUAAGAUGAUGCAUACUCUGACAGUGCUUUGGCCACAUAAAAGGACAAGGACUCGGCGGAUGAUUCCUCCUUGACUUUCUACCAGCUGCGCCCUGACUGCGUUCACAGCGUCCCCACGCCGUGUUCAAGACCAAGUUCUAACCCACAUAUCCAAUCUCCCUCCAUGGAUCUCGCCUCUCAUUGACCAAGAGCAACAAUUCAACUCAAUUUGAGAUUUACAAAAGAGAUGGACCUAGAGCAAACAACCUGCGAGGCUUGGUUCGUGUCCAUCGACAACGUUGCUGCCGUAUGUCAAGUGUGCUACAUCUGGUCGCUCAAGGCCAAGGAGGUGAUGAAAGGCUUCUUGAUAAGUUUUUAGCUGUCUGAUUCAAAUCCAUAUAGCUUGCGAGAUGAUGGCAUAGUAUUAUCUGACAUUUUAUCUGUAUUUGAUUAAAUGUCUUUCCCUUUAAGAAAUAUAGUGCAAUGGAAUUGAAUUUUAGAAACAACCGUUGGUUACUAUUAUUUGUGAAUUCUAUUUAACGCUUCACGAUUUUUUC